CGGUGCAACGCACUUCAUUCACCUGCAGCUGCACACCGCCGGCUGACUCAUUAGACGGCGCCAUUGCGUGGCGUAAGAGUGCCCAGGGUUCUAUCUGCGUGUGUGUCGUACCCGAAAGCCGCCCCGAGGCUACGAGGGCCCCCGUCAGUGUCCAGCGAGGCUCAUUAAAAGGGAAACGAAGCCACACAGUAGUAGUUGGUGCCGAUCGAUCGAGGUUUGUUUGGUUUUUUGCCUGCGAACGCCACACAGUGGCCAACGCUGUCGCCCAGAAGGCCAACAGAGGCCCAGGCAGCAGAAUGGCCGAGCGGGCACCGUUUCGCCAGCCCCGUACCACCGUCGUCACCCUGGAAGCUGCCCAUCGACGCGAGCCGUGAGAUCCUGCCAGCGAAGGUGUUACGAUCGGGCCCGAAGGCUGGGCCUACUUUUGCCCCAUCGUCCUAGACGCCCGUCACACAGCCCCCACAAAGAGACACCGGUAAAAACAAACCAACGGCCGGACAAGAAAAAGGAAAAACCCUACGUCACCGCACCGGUCCGCUGUUGGGCAACGGUGAAGCGAACCCGCGGCAGCAGCCGCAACAUCGGCCGCAACAUCCCCGAACCGUCCGAGUCCGGGGGACCAUUAAUUGAAAUUCAAAAAGAAGGAAAAACAACACCGUCCCUACGGCGGGUGGUAACAGCAGCAACGGCAACGGCGCGAAACCGGCAGCCCCCCCGGAGGCGAAAAUCGCAGGAGGAAUGACGAAUUUAAACAAGCUCAAGGUGGUCGUCAUUGGCAGCGCCAAAGUGGGCAAAUCAGCCGUCACGGUGCGUUAUCUCACGAAGCGUUACAUCGGCGAGUACAGCUCAUCGAGAGAUUUCCUCUACCGGCAUAGCGUCACCUACGACAACAUUGCGACCGAGGUGGAGAUCAUGGACACAUCCCGAUGUGAUAAAAGGGGCUGUCUGUACGAACACCUGCGCUGGGGUGAUGCCUUCGUGGUCGUCUACUCGAUCUGUGAUAAAGCGAGCUUCGAGGACGCGGCGGACUACCUGCAGCAGCUGACGAAGCUGAAGCUUCCCUCCUACUACACGCUGCUACUGCUGGGCAACAAAAGUGAUCUCGACCAUGCCAGGGAAAUAUCAGUGAACGAUGGGCAGGAGCUGUCGUUUCGAUACUCGUGCCAGUUCUACGAGGUAUCGGCCGCAGAAAACUUUGCCGGCGUAUCGCUCGCCUUCCACUCGCUGAUCCGCGAGGCUCGGUCGACGCAGCUGUUCCGAGCGCUGCCGCUACGCAGAAAGCUCGGCGUGAACAGUGUUUCGAAGGCGCUCGGAAACAUCUUUGGAAAAAAUAGUAAAGGCGAACGAAAGAAACGGCCGUCCCUCAGUAUAUGACACUCCCCAGAUCAUGACGUCCGAUGUGCGCCGGGUAGACCAACUCCAGCGUGACGGUCCCGAGUGGCUCAUCCUGGGCUCGGAAACGCCCGAUUCCGUGUACAUAGUUAUCCCAGCCGACCGGAGAA